AUGGAUCAAGGUGAAAUCCCUUCUCCCAUUCAGAAAAUGUUUGACCAACCACUAAAGCAAUGUCCACAGAGUGUAUCUAUUUCCAAAAAUAAUGAAAUUUUCAUUCUAAACACUCAAGAAAAUUCGAUUGAUAUUUAUGACAUAGAAUCUUUCAACCAUUUAUAUCACUUGGUAUGGUCAUCGCAUACAAUAUUAAAUGUAUUCUAUCUCGACAAGCAUGAUUGCAUCAUUUUUGAAGAUCGUAAUGUAAAUCAACCAAAAACUUAUUACAAUAUCUUUUUUAACUGGAGAGUCCCUAUCGAGAAGAACUCUUCUACACCAAUUACAAUUAAUUUACCAGAAAAAAUUUUAUAUCCAACGUCUUGGCAAUUCACACAGCUUUCUAACGAACCACAAAUACUAUGCAUAGCAUCAAUCAGUGCAGAUUCUAACCCAUCUGCACAAGUAGACGCAAAUUCAAUAAUAAUUGUCACAGAAAAAACGUGUAUUAUAUGGGAUAUUGAGGAUAGACCGAAACUAAGAUGCGUAAUAAUUUUACCGCUACCUGUUUAUUGUCCAAUUUUCUCAUUUUACAAUGAUAUGUUGGCAAUUGUCUGCGCAGAUUAUCUUUUCAUUCUUAAGAUCAUCAAAGGCACACCACAACAUUAUACAAAGCAGUUUACACCAGGAGCCUUAUGCUAUGACACAAAAGAUUCUUUGAAUAUCGAUUUUGGCCUUGUCGAAGCACAAGUUUCAAACUUCUUGUUUAUUACAAGAUACUUAAUGGAUCAUCCAGUUUCUAUUGACAUAGUUUUUAGACUCAGAGCUCCAAGUUUGGCGAAAGAUCUCAGAUUUCUUUCUUCAUCAAGUUUGGUAUUCCUAACUGAACAAGCUUCACUUCUAUGCUCCAUUCGCCAUAGAGAUUCAGAUUCAGAUAAUUUUGAUCCUUCAAAUCUGACAGAUAAAUUUUUAGCUACUUCCUCUGCAUUCAACAGCGAUUACUUGGUCCUUUCUGAUUCCCAGACCAUCCAAGUUCUUCCAAAUCCUGUAAAAUCAAAACUGGACAUAAGUAUUUUUACUUUUCCCGUUUUAACUUCAGAAACGUUCAGCAAAAUACAGUUUAUUAACAUGAACCAAGAUUUCCUUAUAGUUAUAAACACAGAACGUAAGGUUACAACUCUUCAUUGUUAUAAUUUAACAAAAGGUGACGUAAUUUCAGAAGAAGCAUUGAAAUCAAAUGACAUACAAACGAAAAUACUCGGAUUGUGUCUUCUUUCCCAUAAAAAUGUGAAUUAUUCCGAUAAUUGUUACACAAUUGGCUCAAAUUUACUUGAAAACGGGAACCAGAGUAGAGCAUUUGAUUUCUUUAUAUCAGCUUUGAACGCCAAAUCACCAAUCUAUGGACAAAAACGAAAAUCAAUUAUUGAAAAAAUUAUUUCACUUCCGCGCAGGAAAUCAACCUUAUUUAUACAACAAGCACAUUUUAAUCAAAACGACAUCAACGACGAUCUUCUCAAACUAAUCAAAAAUCUCCCAAUAGAUACUUGUAUCAGGAAACUCUUAAGAGCAAGACAAUACAACCAAGUACUAGAUGAAACAGAACCACAUCCUUUAACAUUGUUAUACAAAGCUGUCUCAGAAACUUCAAAUGGAAACCAUGAAAUUGCAAAAGAAAUACUAUCCAAACUUCCUUUGUCAGUUUAUGAAAACCUUGAUAACGACAUUCUCCAUGAGAUAUCUGUCAACCUCAGUCCCAUCUCUCUUAUCAAAAUCGGCCGGCCAGAAUUACCAAAUUUCGUUUGGCCUUAUAAUGAAAGAGCACUUUGCUACAGUUAUAUCAAUGGAGAUGUCAAGAAUGUUGUUUCUUUAGCUUCAGAGAUGGAUGAUGCAAAAAUGCAUCUUGAUGAGUGGCCGGAAAAAUUAAUGGAUAUACCAUGGUUUUCAGGAACAGAAUCAGGGAAAGUCUGUGUGUCUGCUAUAGUCAAAUACGGACCAUGCAGUGAGAGGAAUGGGAAAUACUCAUAUCUACUGGAUGCAGUUGAAUACGCACUUAAAAAUGACUUCAGAAAAGCACUGUCUUUCGCUGGAGAUAAAGUGAACAAAAUUUUGUUUUUGAAGUUCUUCGCGAAGACUGCUUCUGCAUGGACAACUGUCUUGGAACAGUUCGAAGAUGAUAAAGAGAUAUCAGAACUGGCGAAAUUCUCAAUAAUUCAGUUUUCUCCUUCACAAGAUUUCCUCAAUUUGAUGAAAAACCCUCCGCCAAUUGAAGAUAUCGAUGAAACUCUAAAUGUUCUAGAAGAAACUGACCAGAAGCUGCUCCUCCUUAUUUCGCCUCGCGGAAUAAUUGUUUGA